AUGUUAGAGCAGGAUGAUCCUCCAAGCUUUUUGGCCGCUUAUUUUAACGAGCCAGAUCACAGUGGGCAUAAAUUUGGCCCUGAUUCACCAGAGAUUAAAAGUGUUAUUCGUAGAAUGGAUAAUGUCACUGGAUAUCUGUUGGAAAGUUUACGAAAUCGAGGAUUGUUGAAUCAGGUAAGAAGAUCUAAGCUUAAAUAACAACCAAAGCAAUCAGUUUACUGUGAAAGGUUGACAUCAGCUGACGACAAUUGGGUCAUCAACAAUUAUGUACGCGAUGAUGACGUUUAUUUAAGCUUGAUUACACUUAUGGUGUGGCAUCACAGAGCCCUUUCCCUCCUUGGCAUUGUCUGCUGCUGGCUUGUGUCACAAACAAAACUAAAUCUCGUAUUAUGCAUGCAGCAAUUUUACUUGUAACCAUCCCCCCCGGGCACACCCCCGGGGAUUUGCAAUAUUUUUCUUUCCUGGAGGUCUAUUCCCCACUCCCAGGCACGCAGAAAGAGACAAUUCCCCAGCCCCGAGCUUCUGAUCAACCACAUAUACGUUUUUUGCUGCAUCUGUUGAUGCAUACAAAAGGAAAUCGACCUGUUUUCACAACUUUUAUGAACGUUUUCCUUGAGGGAAGGAUAACGGAUGUCGUAAUGUAGUUUUUAAAAAACAUAAAAACUAAAUUUGAAAACAAGAACAAAGCAGAAAAAACUCCUUGAAAAGAGAACACUUCAUGAGAACACUGGACUGAAUCACUGUUUCUCUAUAUAUAUCACUAGUAAUAGCUGACACUACAGCUGCCCCUGCUCGGUAUAUUGCCGCUCAAUAGUAUUCUUGCUCGUUGUGUAGCUCUUUGAAAUAUACCAAUUCAUAAGGAAGAUUUUCACACAUAUUCCACACAAUAGGUGAGAUAAAUACAGGAAAUGCAAGGUUCCAUGCACAGUUUCAGGUUGAUUUACACAGCUUUGAUCAAAACAUUCUCAGUUUCGAGAAUAGUUUAUUCUAAACCAUAAGAAAAGAUUUAAUAAGAAGUUGAAUUUUUUGCUAUUUCUCUUUCACUUUUUACAUUCAGUUCAUUUUAUUUGCCGGAAAGGAAACCUUAGAAAUUGAAAGGAGGUUUGAUCAAUUCACACUCACGCAUAGUCUUAUUUUAAACUUUAUAGCAGAAGGACAUCUGUGAGCAGGGAAUAAGUCAGCACAGAAUUUGGUUGUCGGCGAAUUUCUGUAAUCGUCCAUCAAUAUGCUAGUUAGAAGCUAGCAGUUGUUGUUCACUCGUCUUGCUUAUUCCAGUCAAAGAGAGAGAAAGAGUGUCUGGCAAAGGUUUCCAAUGAAAGAUUUGUGAACUUGUGUCUGGCAAACUCUCCAAGUGUUUAUAUAUACACAGUUAUACGCACCUUAUAACUUCUUCUGCGCUUAACGAGAGUCGUUAAAAUUUUGGUCCAUAACUUUCACUGAAACAACUGCUCCACAGAAUGUCACUGAUAACACAUAACGCAAAAAAGUGUUGAAGUAUGACUGCACUAUAAAUGUCACAAAAUUAAAUCUACCUAAGUGGUCCCUUGGGGAUGAUCCAUCUUUACGUCAUCCUAACCAUUUCGUACUUGGGGUCGCAAACAAUAGAAACGCCAUCAUUACCUACCGAUUCCUUGCAGCCCCAUUCAAGCAAAUCAAGAUUUUUUCUAAAUUGAGUGUUUGACUGUAUAUUUCAACUGUAAGUACUUUCCUUAAUAUACGCGCGAGUUACUAGAGUGCCUCCUCGGGAUUUCGCCUUCUGGGCAAAAUCCCUGCAGGGGCAAAAAGCCUUGUAUUCGUUUUCAUAUUAUUAUUUAAAGCUGAGCUGAAGAAAUAUUUCUUUCCUUCCUUUUUUAAAAAAUAAAAUCCAUUCAAGUAUGCAUCAUACGCACAUUUGUUUCAAGUGUUAAAACAUACCUUUAAAUACAGACUUUAUUUUGAAAAGUUAUUCUUCUCCAACCACUCUCCGACAAAUUCCUGCCAGUAAAGUUGGUUGAGAUAGGUGAAGGACAAAAAAUACAUACUGUUUUGCUCUUCAUUUGUUGUACUGGAUUUAUUCAAUUAUGAAGAGGGUGUCUUUUCGUAAAUGCUUGUGAUAUGUUAUAUAUGUGGUAAGAUUUAGUAACUCUUUACGUGUCCCAUAAGAUUAUUAUAAUUAGGUAACUCAUGGAUCUAAAUAUAUUUCCAUUGUAUCUAUACGACCCAUUUUAGGUAAAUCUUAUUAUCACAAGCGACCAUGGCAUGGCAGAUGUCAACAACUCCCGUCUUAUCCAGCUGGAUCAUUACAUUCCAUCAGACUGGUAUACACUCAUCACUGAUCCAAACAGGGCAGACCAUCCUUCUAAUGUGUUUUUUCAUAUUCUACCCAAGAAAGGAAAGUUGAAUGGCACCUACCAAAAGCUCAAGACUGUUCCACAUCUAUAUACAUACCUCAAAGAAGAAAUACCUGAAGAGUUUCAUUACAGCCAUAACCGACGUGUCAUGCCGAUUUUCAUUGUCGCAGAAGAAGGAUGGACCAUUACAAAAAACAAGUCGAGAAUAGACAGUCGUGGUAACCAUGGCUACAGUAACCAAUUCCCUGAUAUGCAUCCCUUUUUUCUUGCCCAAGGACCUGCAUUCAAAGAAGGCUUUGUUUCAGAACCAUUUGAAAAUGUGAAUAUAUACUCUCUUAUGUGUCAUAUACUGGGCAUUGAACCA